GUACUGGAUGAUAUACCAUGGUUACUGUAUUACUACUGGUAUAUUGUCUGGUCACCCCAUGAUACAAUGUACUGGAUGAUAUACCAUGGUUACUGUAUUACUACUGGUAUAUUGUCUGGUCACCCCAUGAUACGAUAUACUGGAUGAUAUACCAUGGUUACUGUAUUACUACUGGUAUAUUGUCUGGUCACCCCAUUAUACGAUAUGCUGUAUGAUAUACCAUGGUUACUGUAUUACUACUGGUUUGAUUUAUAUUCAACUCUUUAAACCAUUUACUUUUCUACAAAUAUUAUUUCCAUGUCGUACGAUGAUACAUCUGUAACGGUUUGGUCAGCAACUGUAAGUAUCCAAUGAGAGUAAUUCUAAAUGCAGUGGUUUUUACAAGAAGCGCACGUACAAAUGAAAGGAGACGUGCGCACAAGAUAACGAUAUGUUACGAUGUUGUUCAUAAUAUUCGAGCUCUAAACCACAACUUUAGAAAGAAAGAAAAGGAAAUAAAAGAUGAAAAGAAGAGAGGAGAGGAGAGGAGAGGAGAGGGAAAAAAAAUAGGAAAUUGAAAACCAUCAAAGAUACGAUUGGCAUAUACUGACCCAGCAGAAUUACCGCAGCCAUAUCUUCGAUCUCUUCGAUCUUUCUGUGAUUGUGAAAGAUUCAUCUCAGUAUUUUUGAUUAGUUGUUUUACAUCUUUAGGGUCUCGUACGUGCCAUUCUCUGACACUGAAGACCAACCUGACCAAGUCAUUCAAAAAUAUUGUGCAACAGUGAUGGAAGUCUGUAUGGUUGGGCAGAUCGCCGCAUAAGUAUUGGUAUCAAAUGAACAUCGUGUUCAUUCAGAUAAGACCUAAUAAAAGAAACCAACUGGCUAGACCUUCGUGGUUACUUCUACUUAGAGGCGUUCUUCCAGGCACAUUAAUUCUUCUAGAAACGUUCUCCGUGGAUUGGCUAUCGAUUGCACUAAAAGAUAUCAUAAGACUUCGAGGUUCCAUCCUCCUAAACCAGAAGGCUGAUAUUCUGUUUCUCAUCGACUCGUCAGGGAGUCUUGGGGGUCACCAGUUCGGUUACGAGAAGAAAUUCAUCAAGAACUUGCUGAAUGAAAUCGUGGUUGGAUAUAGUGCCACUAGAGUUGAAGUCAUCCCCUUCUCCAAUUCAGCCAGCCGUUUCAUUAGGUUUAUCUCGGAUCCAAAGAGUACCAACAACAAGUGUUACUUCAACCAGAGGUUCUCCACACUCACACAAGAACAUGGAAUGACAAAUAUGAAAGACGCCUUUCAGAUAGCUUAUGAUAUCUGCCUCGGGAAAUGGUCAGGGGUUAAGCGAUUUCCGAUGAAGGUCUUCAAAACAGUCAUCAUUCUUUUAACCGAUGGUGAUUGGAAUUAUCCCCCAGGUGAUAAUGACCCCACUCCGAUUGCAAAGAAACUGAUUGAUCAGAAAGCAGAGAUAUUUGCUAUUGGUGUUGGUGGUACUGUCAAUUUUAGAAAUUUACAAAUACUAGUAGCUGGUCAGAAGCCUGGUGUAGUAUAUGCAUUUCAUCUUCGAGAUUUUAACCAGUUUAAUGAGCUUGCUACUUACAUCAGAGGAGAUCCUCACGAGAAACAAUGGGAAACGGUCGACGUUGAUGCUUCCAUGUGUGGCAAUCGGUGUGAUGGCCAGGCCAAGUGUGCAUGCGGACUGAUCAAGGGUGACUAUAAUUGCGCAUGCCCAGCAGGAAAGGCGGGCUCUGGUAUACGCGGAGACUGCAAGGACUGUCCACCCGGACGGUACAAAGACUUCAAAGGCUAUGCUUUGGAGUGUACAAAAUGUCCAGAUUUUUCGACGCACAACAAGCAUGGCAGUAARAAUCAUGGUGAUUGUGAGUGUAUGCCAGGGUAUUAUGGAAACCCCCAUUACCUGACUCCUUGCAAACCAAGACACUGUUCCGUUUUAGCGGAUCCGCUCUACGGAUCUAUCAAAGGAAGAUGUAAGACAACGUUGGGCAGCGAGUGUUCCUUUGAAUGUGACGAGGGGUAUCGGUUGUUAGGAGAUGCUAAAAGACAAUGCAUAGUUGAUUCUAAAAAAAAAACAUUAGUCACUUGGAGUGGCACUCCAGUUACUUGUAAAGAGGUUAAAUGCGAAAAGUUACCAAAGGUUCCCAUUGGCUUCUACACUUUCAAAGAAUUCCAAUGUGACGAGAAAGACCAAAAGUUUGACACGGAAUGCAAGCACAAUUGUCCGCCUGGAUAUUACAUGCUACCGGGUACAAUUCAUGAUACAACAAAUUCUCGAACAUGUGAUUACAAGACAGGCACAUGGACCGGAGAGCCGCGUGUAUGUAAAGAUAACCAAGUUCCGGAGUUAUAUUGCCCGUCUAACAUACAAGUUAAAAACGACCCAGGCGAGAAGACAGCAUCUGUGAAAUGGACUUUUACAUUUGAUGACAACUCGCUCCGAGCUGGAGCUCCUGUGAAAAAGGAGAUGUUUUCAAAAUCCUUGGAGAUCAACGACAAAGAGACCAGCUUAGACUUGCCAAAGCUGCUAGAAAUUGGCAAGAAUAAAAUCCAGUACCAGGUUACAGACCUCGAUAACAAUUCCGAAAAAUGCGACUUCGAAGUGGAAGUCCUUGAUACAGAACCUCCUACCUGUAGCUUCUGCCCCCCGAGUAAAGAACUGAUGGUCACAAAAUCCAACAACUUUCUACUAACCUGGGACCGACCCAAUUGUACGGACAAUUCUGGUAUCCCACCCGAAACUCUAUCGAGCAUCAAAAUGGGGUCUGAAGUGAUAGCACCAGGGGUUUAUUCUAUUCAGUACACAGUCAAAGACAAAGCUCUCAAUAAGUAUGAGGACUGUUCAUUCUUUAUUAAACUUAGGGUGCCAGAGUGCAAAGCCUUCAGUCCACCAAAGAAUGGUUUAGCAAGAUGCAUCAAUUAUGGCAAUGUCUUAGGUUGUUCAGUAGCAUGUAGAGACACUUAUGAUUUCGUCUACAAACCCGCUAGUUCAUACAGUUGUACAAAUGGAAAGUGGGAUACUUGGUCACCAGCAAACGACCAUGACCAAAGGGAACACUGGCCUGACUGCUCAAAACGAGCAAAUCCAUCAGAAACAGCAAUAAAAGCAUUACCACAGUUCUAUUUCAAGGGGGAUUGCAAUGAUCCCAAUAUACAGGCGCAACUAAAGCAAGACUUUGUGACUAUUUUGUACCCUCCAAAUGCUCCCCCGUUCUUCUGCUUGUUAAAACCACGAUGCAAUGCUCAGAAUGUCAAAAUCUACUGCGGAGAAGUUGACGCAAGUGCAAGAAGAAAACGAAGUGCUGAUACUCGUCAGGUGUAUUUUGAAGUUACGUACGUUGAAAAGUCGAACCAAAUUCAAGCGGGAAGCGACGACUUUGGCAACCAAGACAAGUUCAAGGUUUUCAAACAAGAGGUAGAUAAGAAAAGGGAUGAAGUAUACAGAAGUUUGCAAAAGGUCAACUGGGGUGCGUUCAAUACCAAGACAGGACUGGACCUUGGUGGAAUAAAUAGGUUUAAUCUAAAGCAGGCUGAGGGAUAUUGCUCUGAGGAAGGUGCUGUGGUGAGAAAAUGUACGAAAGAUCAACUACAGUAUUAUCCAAAGCGGUGCAAUUUUGAUAAGGGAGAUAUCACCAAAUGCAUCCGUUGUCCAGUGGGUACCUAUUACAACAGUGACAAGGAAGAUUGURACAUAUGUCCCGAGGGAUCAUAUUCGCCGAAUGAAGGAGCACUUGAGUGCAAAAAGUGCCCCUUGGGAACAUGGACCUUUGGGGACAAAAAAGAGAACUUUACUUCAUGCCAAGCUGAGUGCGGACCUGGUUACUUCUCAAACUCCGGCAUUGCUGUUUGCUUCCAGUGUCCCGCAGGAACCUACUCGAACGAAAGAAGAAACAAGAACUGCACCGUGUGUCCCGCGGGAACCACUUCAGUGGCUGCUACAUCAACAAGACUUGAAGACUGUGGAAUGAAGUGUGCCCCAGGAACGUUUUCAAGUAACAGCGUCGAGCCCUGUACCCCAUGCCCCUUAGGGACGUAUCAACAUCAACUUGGACAAACAACAUGUCUUCCAUGUCCUGGAAGACUAUCUACUUAUGGAACCGGUGCUGACUCGUCUUCUAGCUGCUUUGAGGUCAAUGACUGUAUGUCUAGCCCAUGUCAAAACAAUGGCAAGUGUAUAGACACGAAAGAAUCUUACAGAUGCAAAUGUAACGCGGGAUUUAUGGGAAACAGAUGUCAGAUAGACAUUGAUGAGUGCGCUGUCAAUCCUUGCUCACAAGGUGCAACCUGCCUUGAUAAGGUUAAUGGUUACACUUGUUUGUGCCCUGAAGGAUACAAUGGAACUAAAUGUGAGAAGAUGAUCGAGACCUGUAAGACCAAGAAUCCUUGUGUGCGCGGCACGUGUAAGGAGAAAGGAGCAGGUGCCGAGUGUGAGUGUCCUGUUGGUUAUGAAGGACAGUUCUGUGAGCGAAACACCGAUGAAUGUGCUUUAAAUAUGUGCCACAACAACGCUGUCUGUAUUGGUGGAGUGGAUUCCUUUCAGUGUCUCUGUAGAAAAGGAUUCAGUGGACAAAUCUGCCAAAUCAACGACAAUGACUGCAAAACCAACCCCUGUCAAAAUAACGGGAAAUGCAUCGACCGCAAUGGAUUCUAUAUUUGUCAAUGUUCCGCGGGCUACUCAGGAGCAAACUGCGAGUAUAAGAUCAACGAGUGUCAAUCUGAGCCUUGUCAAAAUGGGGGCAUCUGUACAGAUAAACUGAAUGGUUAUGAUUGCGCAUGUCAGCCAACAUAUACUGGUGUCAAUUGCCAACAUCGCAAGGUUAAGCCUGCUGACAACGUCAACGAGUGUAGCAGUAAUCCAUGUCUUAAUGGCGGCGUGUGUAUAAACCGAUACUCAAGCUAUAUGUGUCUGUGUAAACAGGGAUUCACUGGACAUCGAUGCGACAAAGCCAUUCCCUGUGGUACUCUCGAGUCCCCAAUCUAUGGAGUAAUGCACUCUUCUGGCAGCACUCAUGGUAGUACAGCUACAUUCACUUGUCGUGCGGGAUACAGUAUCAAAGGCACGGGAACAAGGUCUUGUCAAAGUGGACAGUGGACUGGUACACAACCAACCUGUGAAGACAUCGAUGAGUGCCUUACAGGAGGCCAUGGGUGUAACCAGGUCUGUAUAAACACACCAGGAAGCUACACAUGCGCAUGCGCACCAGGCUACCAACACACGAGCGCAACUCAGUGCAGCGAUAUUAAGGAGUGUAGUAUGAAUAACGGCGGCUGUAGCCACUUCUGUCACGAGAGACCAGGUGGCGUCACGUGUUCCUGUCCUUAUGGCAUGAAACUUCUCUCUGGAGGACGUACAUGUUCUGAUAUCGAUGAAUGCUCUCGCGGUAAUGGUGGCUGUGAGCACACUUGCUUCAACACAUUCCGUUCCUUCAAGUGCUUGUGUAACAGAGGCUAUAGACUGAAUUCCAAUCAAAGGAACUGUGAUGGACUUUCUUGUCCAGCUCUAAUCCCUGUUGCGGACAGCACGAAACAAGGAAACAGUAACUUGGUUGGGACUGCUGUCAGAUACACGUGUAAUACGGGCUUCAGGAUUAUUGGUUCAUCGAAAAGGGAAUGUCGGGCUGACUUACAAUGGUCUGGUGUACAGCCACGCUGUGAACGUUUAUACUGCAGAGAAGUCGGCACGGUAAAGAAUGCCGUUCGAUCGCUUGUCAAUUAUUACAACAAUCGUCCAGUGGUGGGCAGUAUUGCACGCUUCGCUUGUAACCUACAUCACGUGAUGCAAGGUUCUCCUGAUAGGGUUUGUCAGGCUGAUGGGUCAUGGAGUGGAAAAUUACCAAGAUGUAUACCGGCGUCCUGUUCCAAGUUGAACCCUCCGUCACGUGGAACAGUCCAAGGAUACCGUUUUGAGUUGGGUGCAACCUUGCGCAUUACAUGUGAUAAAGGAUACCAAUUAAAGCCAGCUUCAUCAUCGUUCCGAACAUGUGUCAAGACACCUUCUGGUGGAGGCACGUGGUCUGGCCAAGAUCCUGUGUGCGAAAUUGUUGACUGUGGUAAUGUUAAGCCGCCAUACGGAGGGUAUCGCACUCUCCCAGGAGGAACCAAAUACCAAGCGGUCGUUACUUACACCUGUAAACCCCAGCAUCAUCUUCAAGGCAAACCAUCACGUGUGUGUCAAGCUGAUGGUACAUGGAGUGGAAGCCAGCCAGUAUGCUUAGAAAGAUCAUGUGGAUAUCUGGACCCCCCUGUCAACGGGGAGAAGAUUGGUGAAGAACACCAGUACGGUCAAUCGGUCAUGUUCAAAUGCAACACCGGCUACAACCUGAUUGGUUCUUCUAAUGUGACCUGCCAGACUUCAGGACAAUGGUCUCAUUCAGUGCCCUCAUGUCAAAUCGUAAACUGUGGAGAUCCUGGAACACCAGUUAAUGGAGUGCGCUUUGGCAAUACCUUCACCUACAUGAGUUCAGUCUUUUUGGAAUGUAACCCAGGAUACAAACUUGUUGGUGCUAUCGAACGCAAGUGCCAGGUCAAUGGACAAUGGAGUGAUACUCAGCCAACAUGUGUGGCCACGAGUUGCGGUAGACUACGCGUCGGACCAACCGGAACGAUUACCUCUCCAAACUAUCCAUUAGAUUAUGGCAACAACGAGUACUGCACAUGGGAGAUACGAGUCCCUGUAGACAAGAAAGUCCGCUUAAACUUCAAAGACUUCAAAACUGAACUAGGAAAAGAUUUGCUAAUGAUUUACGACACCAACCAAAAAACGCCAACGAUUUAUUUUGACGGAACAACUAAUAUGCCUGGGCCAUUCACUUCCUCGGGGAAUAGUCUUCGGUUACGAUUCAUUUCCGAUGGGCAGACGGCGAUGAAGGGAUUCAAGGUCGACUACACGCAGAUUGACAUGAACUGUGGAGGAACUCUACUAGAUCCUAAAGGAGUCAUCACUUCCCCAAAAUACCCAAACCCCUACGACAACAACUUGGACUGUGUAUGGCUGAUUGCUAGACCCAAUGACAAAAUAGCGAUGUCUCUACUAGAGUUCGAUACAGAAGAUCACCACGACUUCUUGGCAAUUAGCUUUGGUAGAGAGGUGACUAAGAAACUUACCUACGAGUGGUCAGGUUUGGGGACAUCGAUAAAGCCGUUUGGAUGCCUUAACUACAUGUGGCUGCGAUUCAAGACUAACUGGAUUACGACGGGAAGAGUACGAAAGGGAUUCAAGAUUCAGUAUAGGGGUGUCAACAAGAAUCAAAUAGCAUAGAAUAGAGAAGAAUAGAAUAGAAUAGAGUGCUUGUUGUAACUAGAUAUGGGUCUCAUUCAUGUGUGAUCCCGGUACAUUAUAAUAAACGGAAAUUGAAAAUGAUCCGAAUAAA